GCCCCGCUUACUGCAGGGGCAGGCGCGGCGCGCUGAUCUGCGCCGUUGGCUGGAUCCGACGGCCCGCGCGCUCCCGUCUUGCCCCCAGCCAAAAAUUCCCCACUCCCUCCCCCCAACCUUCCGGUCCGACUCCGCCGCCGUGCGGCUCCUACUCGGAGGGACCAAGCGGCGCCCGCCCCAACUCCGAGUCGCCGUACGCAACUGGAGCCCUUUGCCAAUUUAUAGGAACCGCACCGUCCACGCCUACACGGCACACCAUCCGUCCUCCGCCGGCGUCUCUCUCCGCACGAUUUCAGGUAUCCUUGGGCAAUGGAAUCAAAUGCCGUCAACACAGACGACACUUCUGAAGAGGCGAGGGCACUGCCAUUGGCCCUCUUUGCCAUGGAACACAACAGCAAGAAGCGGCUGCUGUUCGACGUUUCCAGCGGAAACAUCCGGGGGAUAACCAGCGCGCUAUUUCCAGAUGCCUUUGUCGAAUUCGAGAGCUGUGGCUGGCUUCUCAUGGUCCGGCACAAGCCAUUCCACUUCCAAGAGCAGGUCGUCUUCCUAGUCCACCCUAGCACCGGCAGGCGGAUCGACAUGCCGGUGCUUCGCUCCCCCGACAAGUGCUACUUCGUUUUCUACGCUGAUCCUCGUCGUGGAAGUGGAGCUCCCCUGGUCGUUGCCUUCACCGAGAUCAUGAGUGUCGUUCCGACUGUCCAUGUCGCGUGCCCUGGAGACGUGUACUGGUGCGUCCACAAGCAUACCUGCCAACUGCACCUGUCGGAAGCAAUGUGCAGAUCCUUCCACAACACUUUGAUCAUGGACGUGGCACUGGUCGGGACACAGGCCGUCUGCGCCGAGUUUCUCGGCCAGAUCCUGGUCUUCGACAUCACAGAAAUGACCUGGAGGGCGGCCUCUUGUCCAGAGUGGAGCAUACAAGACGCCCACUACCUUGUUGCGUCCAUUGGGAAAGUUGUGAUUGUAUCGUGUCCCCGUGCGAGUGCUUUCAAGUUCUUACAGCUGGACAUGGAACCGCUAGCGUGGUCGCCCCUCCAUGACCAGGAGCUUGAGGACACCAGCUGGUUUCUUUCCAAGGGCCAGUCCAUCCGUGUGAAGGAGGAAGGCAGGAGGAAAGUCUACACUUUCCAUCCAAGAGGACGUGGUAACUUGGAGACAGAGAGCUCGGAUGGAUGGACAAUAACAUCAGGGCCUGCCACAUUGAAGACCAUCACGAAUAUUUAUGCAUAUGAUUUAGUUGCUGGGACUAUCGAAACGGUUAUACCAGCGUCGAUCGUCACGGAAGUGAGCUGCUGGGUUCGGCCUAGUACAUUCGCUACUCCAAGAUAA